ACUAAACGAUAAAAUUCACUUCAGCUUCUGAUAUAAUGUCUUUAUAUCUGUUGUUUUUUGUUGUAAAAUGUUUUUAUUUCACUUGAUGUCGUGUUAAUCGAUCUUAACGCUUAUUUAAAACCGAUGAGAUGUUGAAUAUCCAGACGAGCUCGAGGAUUAUCACGAGAAUCACAUCUGAAAUAAAUACAUGAUGAAAGGGUGUUUGUUAUUACACUAGAUUAUUAACAUCAUUUACUUUGUUUUAUGGUGUUUUUGGUCAUUCUAUGAAACGAUUUAUGAUCACGUGACCAAACCCGUUUUAUCUGUGCUGAGAAAAACAAUAGAAAUCCAAUAAAAACCAUUACAGAAAUUCUAAUGGUUUCCAUUAAAAUACUAUUAUGAACCAUUAGCUUUUUCCAUUAAUACCAUUACAAAAUUAUUUUUUGUAGUGUGUUUUGGGCAUUAUUCCAAUAGGAUUUAAAGUCACCAUGUAACGGAAGUUGCGAUUGACUUCUUUUCCGUAUCGCGAAGUAUAUCCGAGUGAAACGGCUUCUGAAAUUUGAAAAAGUGUAGGGCGGGGCUUUAUUUUGCCUUUCCCGUUUUGAUUGGUUUGUUGUAAAUUGGGCCUGGAGGGGAGGGCUAAAAAUGCCAGGCCAUUGGACAGUCAGUAUAGUCCUAGCUCUUUUUGUUGUUGCUGACGUCAUGUGGUGAAGAGUUGUUGGUGAGAGGGGGAGAGAAGCUUAAUGUUUUUGAUUAAAGAUUACAAGUGCAAAUGAAUUUUGAAAAAUAGUGGUGUUCAUGGAUAAAUGAAAUCAUUUAUAAUAAUCACUGACUGUAACACUGUGUAAAACACUUUGAAUUUUCCUGUUUGAUUUCAUGGUGACUUUAAGGACGCUUUCUCACCUUCAGUCCGGUUCAUUUGAUCCGGACCAAUGGCAAAAAAAUGAUACAUUGUAGCAUUCUUUUCACACCACACUGAUACCGCUUUUCCACCGGGGCUGGUGCCGGAGCCCAACUGGGAACCGGGCUGCACUUUUCCACUUAAGAGAUAGGGCUGUGCAAAAAUAUCGCUACAUGUAACUAUUCUACGUGGUCGUGCCUUUACAAUUCUCCUCUGCUCUCUGUAUCGAGUUCCGACCCGAAGCGCACACAGACUAGUGUUGCACGAUACACCGGUACUAGAAAAGUACCGCAAUACCCUUCUGUUAAAACGAUACCAAUUUCUCAUUUAUUUGGUACCGGUACUUUAAUGACGCGCGCGUUUCAGAGAAAACACAUCCUGAAAUGCGUCCAUUUGCGGCAGCCGUAUGUGCGCGCUCAUAUGCUCUCAGCGCUCUCUUCAGUCAGUGGACGCCUACAACUUUUGACGACGAAAUGAAAGUCAUGGCGGCAAACAUAAGUGCCUUUUCUGUCUGUUCACGACUUGUCAGUGAAGCAGAUGCGCAAAGGGGCAUUAUAGCCGAGUUAAAUGCGGCAAAGUGCAGACGAAUGAUCAGCUUGGCAAAGCAUUUCACCAACAGACAUCCCGACCCGUUUAAAGAACUUUAAAAUUUACAGGUAGCGUAUGUGAAUGAUAACAAUAGCCUUAAUAAUGCUUUAUGAUUUAUUUUGUGACAGGCCAACAUUAAUGAUAACGCUUUACAACUAGGUUCCAUUUCUAAACAUUAGUUAGCUAACAUGAACUAAUAAUGGUACUUCUACAGCAUUUAUUCAUCGUAAUGGUUCAUUUCAACGGAUUUAAUAAUAUUUAAAUAUUUAAUCAAUAUUUUAAUCAAUUUAAAAUAUUAACAGUUGUAUUUGUUAACAUUGAUCAAUGAACUAAUAUGAAUAAACAACUAGAUACGAGACAAAUUAAAAAUAGUGUUGUUUGAUAUAAUAAAGUGCAGCAAGAGUGGUAAAAUGCAAUUAUAAAGAUUUGAUCAGAGGUUCAUAAAACAUUUCUCACACAUGCCAAGACUUCAACACUCAUCCUACAAAACUCAACAGUGGUGGUAAAAAUAACCAAAUGCAUGCUGGGAGUCAUUGUUAAGUUUGAUGCUAUUCUAUUAACCAGCAUGCACUGCAGCAUUUACGUUUUAUUGAUUGUAACCGUUAUUGAGAUUUGUAUGCUGAGUUUUGAUGUCUGUGUGUAACAGUUUAAAACAUCUUAUUUACAAUUGUUGACAAAGUGUGGAAAUAUUAUUCAGUUAGAAGUAUGAUUUAAUUACCAAUAUAAUCAAUAAGUGUUUUCUUUCAUUAAAUCAUUAAGCUGUGUGCUUUUAUCAUGUGCUUGCUAUUUUACUCAGAGUGAAACCACAAAAGAGGAACAAGCUCUGUGUGUACGUGUAGAGUGAAACCACAAAAGAGGAACAAGCUUUGUGUGUAUGUGCAGAAACAGAACAGCUUGUUUUGACAAGUCUAACUAAGUCAGCACACACACCCAAAGAGUCACACAGAGAAAGAAUGUUAUGAAUUAAUCCACUGCAUAUGUUUUAAGUAUAAUCAUGAGUUUUGAUGUGUUUUAUUGAAUCAUAGGAUUAAGAAACAACGCUGCAUAAUUAAAGCAUUAGAGGAUUGAGUUUUUUUCUGAAAGUAUGUUGACAUGUUGUCUUGCCACAUGAAACUGUCUCUAGGGGACACUUCCUGAAACUAGCAACUGACCGCAGGGUGCAAAAGAUGUGUUGCAAAAGAUGUUGUUUUACAGAAACUGGUGAAAAGGAGAUGGAGUCAGAAUAAACGUGGUUCACGGUGAUUGGUUGCUAAGGAGCAAUACUCCCUAGAGACAAAGGAGGAGUCAGAAGAUGAGAACGACGUCAAAUACUGAAUAAAUAUGUGUGUUUUUGAAUAAUCUGGGUUGUUGGCUUUUGUGAGAGAGUGGAGAUUUACUGACAACCCAAAGCUUUGUUACUCCUUUUUACAUCUGAUAAUAAACUUCUAAUCGAUUUUGGAGAACGUCUCUGUGCAAAUUUUUGAACAUGCAGGACUGCCUCAAAAGUCCAACAAUUGGUGACCCGUGACGUGAUUUGACGAGAGACGAGGGCAUUUCGUUUGCCAUUUUCUUUGGGAAAAACGGAACGGAUUCAGGUUCAACACACAGGUCGCGACCGUGAAAGAUAAAAAAAAAAGGUAAGCAGAAGCCUGUUUAAUCAAAGUUCUGCUAUUGAACAUACCUAAAUUGUUGUGUUGAAUUUGAUGAACAUUCCGAAUAAGUAAAAGUAAAAAAAAAAACUAUAAAGGAAGUUUGAGAAAUCAGAUUUAAAAAGAAAUAGUAUAAGAAGUUAAGAAUUUAGAGACUGGGUCUCAAUAUUUUGUGCGUUGUGGUAAUCGCGUCUGGGACGAAAAAGGCCAGGGUAAUAAAAUAUUUGAGUUUGGAACUCAUAAAUUGCGUUGUGGUAAUCGCGUCUGGGACGAAAAAGGCCAGGGUAAUAAAAUAUUUGAGUUUGGAACUCAUAAAUUGCGUUGUGGUAAUCGCGUCUGGGACGAAAAAGGCCAGGGUGAAAUAAAUCCCUUUGAGUCGGCGAACUCAUAAAGGAAUAUUCCAAAAUUGUCUGUUAUAUGUUUGAAUGUUUUUAAAGCGAAUGCAAUUGUUGAUGUGAAAAUUAAUGUGAAAAGUGACUUAACUGUGUGGAAAAUAGAUACUGUAUAAUUUUUGCAAACUGUGAAUAGGAAUUGUGAGUAAAAUGGCCGAAUUUCAGAAGGAGUGUGAUGAAUACGGGUGUCCGCCAGUGUUGGUGCAGUGGCAAAAUGUUACAGAUAUGUUAUUAGCACAGACAGAACCAAGAGAUAGAAAGCAAAGACAGAAAGAAAUUGAUAAGUGUUGGGUAACAUUAUGUGAUGAAUGUGGAUGAGAAAGUGCAGAAAAGGUGAUGACUCCGUUAGCACCGAAAAUUAGAGAAAUGGAGAAGAAAGCACACUGUAAGUUGCGUAGACAUGUAGAAGAAAAAGAUAAAGUAAAGUGGUAUAAUGCAGGGAAACAUGGCAGUGAAGAAAAUAACCUUAGGAAACGACUAAGAAUGUGGACUAGAGUGGCAUUGACAACCACUGCACUCAGCUCGCAGAAGACACAGGGAGCUGAGAGAAAAGGGGAAGUAGACAGCUCAAAGGCCAGAGAGAGAAAGGAAGAGAAUGCAGGAAGCACUCAGACUACCCCCUCUGCUCCGCCCCCAGAAAAGCCCAACCCAACUUCAUUAUACCCAAUUUUGAACCAUCCCCCACCAUAUGAGCCGCCCAAACAGCAGGUAGUGAUGACAAUUAAUGGAGGAGAAAUGGAUGUUGAAGUAGGAGAAAUGACUGGUGAAAUAGACAGGAUACGCAAGGAAUUUGAUGAAUUAAAAACUGCAGUGGACAAGGGUGUGGAAGAUACAUUAAGUAAAGCUCGACAAGUUAUGGACCGGGUAGAGGAAACAAUGCAUAAGCAGGAAAGGUCUGAGAAGAGUGACAAUGAAAGUGACAAUGAAGGUGAUAAUGAGGAUAGCGAGAAUGAUAUUAUGCUAGAAAAGCCAAGGAAAGCAUCAACUCCUAGAACGCAGUUAAGGACCCAAACAACACCAGAUCCAAUAAAAGUGCAGAUUACAGGGGACAUGACUGUCGAUGGGCCAAUAGUAAACAGAUUGAGAAGCAAAUCGGGUCCAUGGGAAAGGGAGCUUGUUUUAUAUGGUCCAGGUAAUCAAAUAAUGGCACCUCAGAUACAGGCACCAUUGAUGCACAGGCCAGGCGGGAAUCUUCAGUACCAGCCCUGGUCACAUAGUGAUAUGACAGCAAUAGUAAGUAAACUGCCACCCAUUACAUCAGGAGGCAGCAGAUGGCUGAGUAAACUAACAGCACUUAGUCACGGCACUGAUUUGGCCUUGGAUGAUUUGAGAUGCCUGUUGGGCCAAAUACUGACAGCCUCACAAAUGCAAAAUUUGGAGCUCGAUGCUCAAACCACUAUGGCUGCGAAUGAAACACCAUUUGCUAGGGUCAGUACCAACAUAGGUAGAACACUCCGACGGUUGUACCCCGUGCCACCAACAGUGUACCAGAAUAUAAAAUUCCGCAUUAAACCAGGCGAGACUGGAGCAGCUUAUUAUUUCUGUUGUGCCGCUGAGUGGGAACAAAUGGUGGAGGAAAACAGUUUAAAUAACCCCGUGACACGAGACAUAUUUAGAACAGCAGUAAUGACAGGAGCUCCAAAUGGAGUAAAACAAGCAAUGGAGAAUAACCCAGAUAUCCCAGUGGCGAGUAACGAGGUAUGGGAAAGACAUCUAGUACACCACACAGACAGAGCAGUCGAAAGGGCCACGAAGGAAGAAGAGGAACUUGAAAGAGUUAAGACACAACUGUUAAAACUACAAUUAGAAAAGGCCAAGGGAGAAGGCGCACUUAAAAAAGCUAAACAAAUGCCACAACAUGACCACCCCAGAGAUCCAUAUGAAGGGCCCCAAUACAGUGGUUCACCCUUUGGGGGACCACCACAAGUACAACAGCACAUGACCCCACCAUGGGGCCAGGGAACUAAUCAUAGGCAGGGCACCCCAUGGAAAAGUAAUAGAGGCAGACAGGGAGGACGAGGGAGAGGGGGGCAGAGUAGGACGCAGUGUUUCGUGUGCGGCGAAAAUGGACAUUGGGCAAGAAAUUGUCCACAAAACGAGUCACAGACUCAAGGCCAAUACAACGGUCCACCUGCGGGGGGAUGGGGUCCCCGAAGAGGUGGCGCCGGUGGUCAGGGCAGGGGACCACAGACCCCAAACAACCCGGGGCAACACUUCCCGUCACCCUCCAACCUACAGGCGCCUAUGCACCCAACAUGGGGCCCGGAGGGUGGGGCGGAGGAAUGUUGAAGGGGCCCACAGAGAACCACCGUGAGAGGAAUGGCCGAACCUCUCAUGGAGAUAGUGGUGAGUGAUCGACCACUACAGGCUCUGGUGGACACUGGGGCCACAUACUCUACUGUAACUAAGGGCACAAUUGAUAAUAGUGAUCUGACAAAUCGCACAGUGGGAGUAAUGGGGUUCUCUGGUGGGGUGGAAAAAUGGCCUAUGACCAAAUUGUUGAGAGUGAAAGUCGCCAAUCAGACAUUAUCGCACUCGUUCCUGUACUCUUGCAAUGCUCCCAUCCCCCUCCUAGGCAGAGAUUUAUUAAUUAAAUUAGGAGCUAGUAUUCUAUGUUCAGCUGAGGGAGUGAUAGUGAAAUUUCCAGAUGGAUCAGAAACAAAUUGUUCUCUUUCAGGUCACACCACAGACAGUCAGUGGAUGUUAACAUCAUGUGGUGAGCUAGAAGAUGCUGACAUAUAUUGGGUGGAGCUAGAUUUGAGUGUAGCCCCCAACAGUGUUGUGUCAAGGUAUAACGAACAUCGUCAGUGGAUCACAAACAUUGACAUAUUUCUACCACCCAUCGACCCAUUACAUUGCACGUUAUUUUAUGACAGGAAUGACACCACACAAUACCAAGAUCUGUUCCAGGAAAUAGAGGACAGCAAAUGGGUGUUAAGGGGAUCUGGUCUUAUGGUAGGAAAAGAAGGAGUAGUGGCACCAGUUCUAUUGACAGAAGAGCAGAUGAAAUGGUAUGAAAUGUCAGAUACAACAGCACCACAUAUCUCCUUAGCAUUGCAUCCAAACCAUGAGGCUAGGGAGCUAGGCAACAUGACUAAGAGACUGUUAGCAGCUAAUGAUUGGAAGCCCACAGAGAUGUGGGGUAUCCUAUAUUCAGAUACACAAAAAGCAUAUUGGGUGCAAGACCAAACAGAAGACACAGGGGUGUUGACACACAAACAGAUCUCCAGAUGCCACGGUAGGGAAAGAACAGACGCUGACGGAGCAGAAAAUAUGAUUGACACAUUGCCAGAUAAUUUAUGGUCCCAGGGACCAACUGAUGUAGGAUUUUGCAACAUACCACCAGUUAGCUUUAAGUUAAACACCAACAAAGCCAUUUGGGUCCCUCAGUACCGCAACAAACCAGAAGCAGAAGAAGGUGUAGCCACCACUGUUUCCGGACUGAUUGAAAAGGGAGUGAUAACCCCUUAUAGGUCCAAUUGGAACACACCAAUUUUUCCAGUGCCUAAACCAGGCACCAACAAGUACAGGUUGGUGCAUGAUUUACGCAACAUUAACUCUGUUGUGGUGACACCCACCAUGACUGUACCAAACCCAUAUAUUGCACUGUCUAUAUUGACCCCAAUGCACCAAUGGUUCACGUGUAUUGAUUUGGCUAAUGCUUUCUUCUGUAUUCCAAUCGCAGAGGAUUGCAAAGCAUGUUUGGCUUUUACAUACAGGGGAUGCCAGUAUUCUUACAACAGACUACCACAAGGGUUUAUUUUGUCACCAGGAAUUUUUAAUCAUGUUUUAAAACAACAGCUACAGGACUGUAGCUUACCUGAGAACUGUGUCAUGAUCAUGUAUGUUGACGACCUACUCUUGGCAGCCACAACUGAAAAGGCGUGCUUGGAGGCUACCAGAGUUGUGUUGCUUCAGUUGCACAGGUCUGGUUUCAAGGUAAGCAAGGACAAACUGCAGGUGUGCAGACCUUGUGUUACAUUUUUAGGUCGACUGAUCACGGCACAGGGAUCAACUUUGACAGGGACACAAAGACAGGGUAUACUCAGCCAUCCUAAGCCAACCACAGUGAAAGACAUGUUGUCAUUUUUAGGCCUCACAGGAUUCAGUAGGCACUAUAUCCCUAUGUAUGUUUCACUGACUACACCACUCAGGCAGUUGAUUAAAGAGCAUGGCAUGAAAAAUCUGAAAGCAGAACUUCAGUGGACACAAGAGGCUGAACGGACGUUCAUUGACCUAAAGACACAGCUAGCUCAUGCUGUACACCUGAACUGUGCCAACUAUGAGUUACCUUUCUUCCUGGAUGCCUCAGAAUCUGGCUCCAGCGCACAUGGUGUCCUGUUUCAGAAAGACCAAGGCAGGAGAAAAGUGUUGAUGUAUGCGAGUGUGUUGUUAGACUGUGUAGAGCAAAGACAACCAAUUUGUUCUCGAUUUGCAGCGGGUUUAGCUAAAGUUGUGCACAAAACAUCACACAUUGUAAUGGGCCACCCAUUGACAAUACUCACCACACACUCCAUCAUGUCAUUCGUAAAUUCAGCAUCAUUCACGUUUUCACCACUGAGACAGAGAAGAAUAGCUAAGAUUUUGACCAGCCCCAAUCUCACAUACACACAUGAGGGCAUUAAUAUGGCUGAUCUGAUGGGAGAUGGACAGCCACACGAUUGUGCACCCAUCACCGAGAGAGCAUCCAAAGUAAGAGAAGAUCUGUCUGCGGUGCCAUUGACAACCCCACCACCAGUUAUGACAUUGUUCACAGAUGGUUGUUGUUUCAGAGCAGAG